UUCAGACAAGGUCAAAGCAGACUUCCCAGCCAAGAACCAGCUUUUAGCCAGUACUUAUAAGAUGUACAUGACAAUACGAUUCCUACUAGUCAUACUUUUAAAACUCAUACUGACAGACUGCAUUUGUAGCCAGAAUAACUGUGAUGGUGGAUCUUGUCAUCCAGCUAUUGGGGACCUGCUUGUGGGUCGUAGCAAACAGCUAACAGCCUCAUCGACGUGUGGACAGUUUGGUCCUCAGAAAUACUGCAUUAUAGGCUACCUUGAGAAUAAGCAGAAAUGUUUCUCCUGUGACUCCAGAUCACCAUACCACCCAGUUUUCCAGGCCAACAGUCACUUGAUUGAAAAUGUUAUCACAACUUUUGAGCCUGAUCGGAAGAAGUGGUGGCAGUCUGAAAAUGGUAUUGAUCACGUCAGCAUUAGACUAGAUCUGGAAAGCUUAUUUCAAUUCAGCCAUCUCAUCCUGACUUUUAAGACCUUUCGGCCUGCAGCCAUGUUGGUGGAGCGCUCUGUAGAUUAUGGUCAAACCUGGAAGCUGUUUCGAUACUUUGCACAAGACUGUGCUACUUCUUUCCCUGACAUUCCUUCAAGACCACUCAGAGAAGUUGGAGAGGUUGUUUGUGAUUCGAGAUAUUCGGAUAUUGAGCCUUCAACUGAAGGAGAGGUUGUUUUCAAAGCUCUGGAUCCCAACUUUGAAAUAGAAAAUCCUUAUGCUCCAAACAUCCAAGCGCUCAUUACCUUUACAAAUCUGAGAAUAAACUUUACAAAGCUUCACACACUUGGAGAUAUUUUACUCGGACAGAAGCAGCACGAUCCUCUGGAAAAGUACUACUAUGCACUUUAUGAAAUGGUUGUCCGCGGAAGCUGCUUUUGCAAUGGCCAUGCGAGCUACUGCAGCCCUGUGCAGAAUCUGCGCGGGGAUGUUUUCCAUGAACCUGGGAUGGUCCACGGAAGGUGCCUCUGCGAGCAUAACACUGACGGCUUUUCCUGUGAAAGGUGCAAAGAAUUUUACAGUGAUGUUCCCUGGAGGCCAGCGGAUGGAUCUCAGGAAAAUGCUUGUAAAAAGUGUGAAUGCCAUGGACAUUCUGAAAGCUGCCACUUUGAUAUGGCUGUGUACCUUUCUAACAAUCGGAUCAGUGGGGGUGUAUGUGACGACUGUCGGCAUAAUACCAUGGGGCAGCGCUGUGAUCGCUGCAAGCUCUUCUUUUACCAGGACCCCCAGAGGACAAUUUCAGACCCUCACGCUUGUGUCCCUUGUGAUUGUAACCAAGAAGGUACGCUGUACAAUGGGCUCUGUGAGAGUCGAACAGAUCUGAUUCUUGGAACUAUUGCUGGCCGAUGCCGCUGCAAGGAAAAUGUGGAAGGACUUCGAUGUGACAACUGCAAGCCAAAUUUCUAUGGACUAAGUGGAACUGAUCCUCUUGGCUGUCAGCCCUGCAACUGCAACCCUUCUGGAAGUUUGUCAUCCUCUAUCUGCAGUCCAGUGACUGGAGAGUGUCUGUGCCAGAAGUUUGUCACAGGGCAACAUUGUAAAGGAUGUACUCCAGGAUACUGGGGGCUUGGGAAUGAUCUGCAUGGAUGCUCCCCAUGCCACUGUGACAUUGGUGGUGCCCUCAACAACUUGUGCAAAGCUACCAGUGGUAAAUGUGAAUGUUUGCCUAACAUAGAAGGUCGUCAGUGUUCUGAACCAGCUCCAGGCUACUUUUUCUUACCUCUGGAUUAUUACAUAUAUGAAGCAGAAACUGCAAAGCCUCUCCCAGGAUCUUCACCUCUGAGUCAAUCCACAGUGUUACCUCGGUGUGAUGUGUAUUUUCGGCAACAAGGUUAUGAUUUCACAAUUGAAAAUGGAAAAAUCAUCUUGAAGAAGAGUAAGAAACGAGGAAUAAGAAAAGCUUCCAUUACACAGGAUUCAAUUCUAUUUGGCAGGGACACUGCAUUGGACAUUGUCAUUAGAAAGCUCGUCCCUGGAAACCCUGUUACGUGGUCAGGACCUGGUUUUGUGCGUGUUUUGAGUGGAGCAGGAUUAAGUUUUACAAUCAACAACAUCCCUUUUGCAAUGGAGUUCAAUAUUAUUAUUCGCUAUGAGCCUGAGUCUUUAGAAGACUGGGUAGCAAAAAUUUUUGUAAAGCCUUCCAGUGUGAUAGAAAGUGAACAGUGUAGGAACACAGCAUCCCUGCAGGAGCCAUACUCACUUCUUCUACCAUCUACAGCAAGGAUGGAAUUGCUGCCUACCCCUUUCUGCUUAGUACCUGGGUCAGAAUAUUUUGUAGAUAUCUAUUUUUCCAAGUCUUCUGCCUCUGAUCCACAAGCUCAGUCAGCCAUCUUGAUUGAUUCACUGGGUCUCAUUCCCAGAAUUGGUUCUGUGGAAAACUUGUGUAACAAAAAAGAUUUAGAAGAGUACCAGCAGUAUCACUGUGUUGAAAUUGCUUCAGAGGUUGGACCACACAUCCUUCCUGAAGUGUGCGCGAAACUCAUAGCAAGCCUGUCUGCCCGGAUUCACAAUGGAGCAGUUCCAUGCAGUUGUCAUCCACAAGGCUCAACAGGCGCUGGCUGCAAGAAACUCGGAGGCCAAUGUCAAUGCAAGCCAAAUGUUGUUGGCCGCUGUUGUGAUAAAUGUUCAGCUGGGAGCCAUAGCUUUGGGCCCCAAGGGUGCCACCCCUGUGAGUGUCAUCCGAAGGGAUCAAUGAGUGCUCUGUGUGACCAGCGGACAGGACAAUGUUCAUGUCGGCCCGAAGUGAACGGUCGGCAGUGUGAUCGAUGCCUAGCUGGGUAUUUUGGGUUUCCCCAUUGUCGACCUUGCCCUUGUAGUAGCUUUGCCGAGCUGUGUGACCCACAGACUGGAGCAUGCUUGAACUGCAAGGGGUUUACAACUGGAACCAACUGUGAAAGAUGUAUAGAUGGUUACUAUGGAAACCCUCUCAAAAGAGAGCCCUGUCGCCCGUGCAUGUGCCCCAGUUCUCCUUCAAGCAACAGGUAUUUCGCGCAUUCCUGUUACCAGGAUCCCUGGACUUCGCUAUUAGUCUGCAACUGUUUGGAGGGAUACACAGGCGAACGUUGUGAGGAGUGCCCCAGUGGGUCCUAUGCAGAUCCAAAGACCACAGUGGAAUGUAACUGCAACCCUUUGGGCGUGAACCCAGCAGAAUGCCCAUCUGGAAUUGGCAUUUGCACAUGUGACCAAACAACUGGCACAUGUCCUUGCUUACCAAAUGUGAUGGGUUCGAAGUGUGAUCAGUGUGCUUCUGGUUACUGGGGCUUGGUCCAGGGAACUGGCUGUCGUAUCUGUGACUGUGAUCCAAAACAUUCCCAGAAUAACCUGUGUGAUCAGUUCACAGGCCAGUGUUCAUGUAAAUUAGGAUAUUCUGGAAGGCGUUGUGAUGAUUGUGCCGAAAACUAUUUUGGUGAUCCCCAGAUCCACUGUAUUUCCUGCAAAUGUACUCAAGUUGGAACUCUGAAACCUGAAUGUGAUAAAGAUACCGGAAUGUGCAACUGUCGUGCUGGGAUCACUGGAAAGUUCUGUCAACAUUGUGCCCGGGGCUACCACCAGGAGUUUCCUUCCUGUUUGCGCUGCCAUGUUUGUUUUGAUCAGUGGGAUAAUAUAAUUACAUCCCUGUCUCAGAGAAUUAAAAAAUUAAUGAGUUUUGCUUCAACCCAAGAAGACAACAUAAUGUCUGGCUGUGAGGCAGACUUCAAAGGCUAUGAAGAUACACUUCUUGAAAUAGAAAGGAUUUUUAAAAGCCCUAACCUAUCAUCAGACAUGUUUUUGAACAUUAAGAACUUGCAUGACUAUGUUCGACAAGAAAUUUCACAACUAUAUCUGCAACCUGAAUCUACGGAUCAAUUUCCUGACUUCAGCCAGAUGAUAGAAGAUCUUAUGAAAGAUACUGACCAUCUGUCAGAAUCUCUGCAAAAGAAAACUGAACUGUAUCACAGUAUUAGCUACAUGCACCUUCAAGAUUCCAUCAACAAAAUAUGGAACUCUUACCAAACAACACUGUCUUCUGGAGAGAGAGCCACCAGGACAACACUUAUCAUAAAUGACUCAGGAAAAACCAGGGACAUUAUACUUGCCACGUUAGAUGAUCUGGCCUCAAAAGAAAACACUACACUGGAUCUGGUGAAGAUGUUUGAGACUGCAGAUAUUCAAAAUCUCAAUGAACAGAUAUGUGGGAAGCCAGGAAAUGUGUCCUGUGCUGUAGCAACGUGUGGUGGAGCUCCGUGCCAAGACAACCAAGGAAGCAAAGAUUGUGGUGGUCCAAACUGUAGUGGAGCACUUCCUGUUUCUACACAUGCCAUUAGAAAAGCUAGUCAGACAGCCAUGACAUUAAAUAACUUGGCCAAGCAGCUGCAAGGAUCUGAGCAUAUGAUUGAAAACAUCAGGAAAAUGACUGAGGAUACGAAGGUAAAAGCUUCACAGGUAAAUGAAGAACUGGAGAAGAGUAAAAACCAAAUUGAAAUUCAAGGAGAGAUGGUCAAGGAGCUCAUCAAGAGAGUGAAGAACUUUCUCGUGGAGGAGAGUGCCCCACCUGAAGACAUCGAGAAUGUUGCUAACUAUGUGUUGAACAUCAACUUGACAGUGACCCCCAAAGAGCUAACAAUCGUACUUGACAAGCUCAAGAUCCUUUUGACAUCCUGUGAAAACUCUGUAACAUACACAGGAAUGCUAAAUUCACAAAUGGAAGAGGCAGAUGACCUUUUGAUAAAAGCACAAGAAGCUGAGGAGGUAUCGAAUGGACUCCCUGGACCUGAUGAGUUGAUAAACAGAUUAAAAGAGAUGGAAAACUUACAAGAACAAACCAAACAGGACUUUGCAAACUUAAAUGGAACAAUAAGAGAAACCAGAGCAAAAAUCUCACAGGCCGGGAAUCAAUUAAACCGGGCAGAUAUCGAAUUAUGCGAUUUCUCCAAGAAACAGUCAAAGCUGGAAAAUGAAGUGAAAUCCCUGAAGAUUAAAGUGCAAAUGAAUAGGGACCGAGCAACCCGUGCAAAAUCAGAAGCGGAAAAAGCACAGCAUCAGUCUGUGGCAACUAAUAAAGAGUUUGCUGACCUUCAAAAGAAAUAUACCAAUUUGCAAGAAAAUCUCAAAGCCAAAGGCUUUCCGUUGGACUCCUUAGAGAAACUGAAUCAGUUGAAAAAGGAGGCAGAGAAGUUGGCUAAAGAGAUGGAAGGAAAAAUGAAAAGAAUAUCAGAUUUAGAAAAGAAGAUCCAAGAUCUGAAUCAAAUCAAACAAAACAAGGCGGAUCAAUUGAAGCAACUGGAGGAUCAAGUCAUAGCCAUUAAAAACGAGAUAACUGAGCAGUCACAUAAAUAUGCAACUUGCAAGAGUUAAGAUCUGGUAAUGUA